AUGUCUCUUUACGAAGCAUCCGGAAGCGGUCCAUCCGCACCAGACCAUCGACGCAAAUGGGACAGAGAAGAGUACGAGCGAAAGGCUCGUGAACGAAUUCUGGCCGAACGUGAGGCCGAAGAGCAAACCAAAAAGAAAACAACUUAUAAAUUUCCUGACGAACAUAAAGUUAAACGCGAGCUGUUGAAAGCUCGUGAAUAUAAGGUAGAUUUGGAAUCGAAAGUGGGUCGAACGGUAGUGAUAAACAAGACAACGCCGUCAGCAGAGACCGGUGGAUAUUACUGCGAUGUUUGCGAUUGUGUGGUUAAGGAUUCGAUCAAUUUUUUGGAUCAUAUUAAUGGAAAGAAUCAUCAGAGGAACAUGGGAAUGAGCAUGAAAAUCAAGAGAAGCACACUCGAUGAUGUCAGGAAGAGAUUCUCGUAUAAGAAGGCUGAAGCCGAAGUGAAAAAGAAAGAAUAUGAUAUACAGGAACGCAUGGAAGAAAUUAAAGAAGAGGAGGCUCGAAUGGCUGACUAUAAACGAGCGAAGAGACAAGAGCAACGAAAGCGAAAAAGAGGACCUGAGGUUGAGGUUCAAGAAGAUGAUGAAGUUGCGGCUAUGAUGGGUUUUGGAGGGUUUGGCACAACAAAAAAAUGA